AUGUCGGCCCCUCUUGACUUGUCCCUGCUAAAGGAUAAGGUCAAAUCCAAACUUGCCGCCGCUGACAAGCCGGCCAAGAAGGAAAAAUCUGCCAAAAAGGACAAGAAAGACACUAAGGGGAAGCAAGAUACCCAGACUCGGGGCAAGGACAACCACCACCGCGGCGAUAAGAAGAACGACAAAAAGCCUCAGUCACGGGGGAAGCAAAACAACAAUAAGCAGUCCAAGCCUAAAGACGAUAAGCCCCACAAGACCAACGACUUUAAGGACAAGUCCGAUGAAAAGAAAGCUCUUCAAGACGCGCUCCGCCAGGAAGCGCUCGCGAUGGGGGCUACCGAAGACGACUUGAACCUAAUCGCCGACGUCAAGGACGACGAUUCGGAACAAGAGUUUGACGACGAAGGCAAGGACGCCAACCUCGAAAAGGAAUUGGCUCUGAUGUACCAGGAUAUCGGGUUUGACGGUAAGAUCCCCGAAGACCUUGAUGACGAUGAAGUCCCUGAAUUAGUUGAGGGUGACGACGACGACGACGACGAAGAAGAAGAAGAAGAAGAAGAAGAAGAAGAGGAAGAAGGGGAAGAAGAAGAGGAACAACCGUCGAAGCCGACAAAAAAAGACGGCUCGGACUCUAAAUCUGCUACGGGGCUGGAGUCCGAGUCCGAAAAAGCCCCUCCCCAACCGGCCAAGAAAAAGAAUGCUGAUUUCAUCGAAGACGUGAGAUCGGUGGUGCUGAGUAAGCUCCAGAUGCCCAACCGCAACGACUGGUACAACCUGGAGCUUGCCGCCCCCGCCGGUGCCGCCACCAACCCUGACAAAUAUACCAAGGAACGGCUCUACGACCGAGCCAAGGCGUUUGUCGACGCGGAAAACAAGCUCUACUACGAAGAAUUCACCGCCAACUCGUCGCAAAAGAAGUUCUUGAGUCAGAUUCUCGUCGACGGUACCUUGAACGAUAAAAUCUCUGCUCUCGCCCUUUUGGCUCAGGAAGCGCCCUUCCACAACAUCAAGGCCAUCGACACUUUACUUCACUUCUGUGAGAAGAAACUGAGAACGGCGGCGCUCCAGGCCAUUGCCGCGUUUAAGGAUUUCAUGCUUGGUGGGGUGUUGCCCGACCGUAAGUUAGUGGCGUUUAACAAGCAGCCGUUGGCCGACGACCUCACCGACGCCCAGCUCGGGCUCAUGUACUUUGAGGACCACUUGAAGCUGGUGUACUUCAAGUUCAUCCAGGUGCUCGAGCACUUGCUCCACGACCCCAUCGUCCACGUCCGCACCCAGGUGGUGAGCCACAUCUUUGAGCUUUUGCUGGCCAAGCCCGAACAGGAAGCCAACUUGUUGCGUCUUGGUGUCAACAAGCUCGGCGACAGCGACAGCAAGGUGGCGCUGAAGACGCUGCACUUGCUCUUGACGCUCGAGCAAGCCCACCCCAACAUGGCGCCGAUCGUCGUCGGCGCCGUCGUCGACCAAGUGAUGAAGCCCGGUGCUGAAUACUCCACCCAAUACUACGGGUCGACCACCCUCAACCAAACCGUGCUUGGCCGUGAACAAAUUGAGUUGGCCAACACGUUGGUCAAGACUUACUUUGCUCUCUUUGAAAAAGUGCUUGUGGAAGCUAAGGAAGUGGAAGAAAAAGUCGAUAAUAUUCUCGGUAAGCUGGAAAACAAGCGUAAGAACUUGAGAAAUACCGGUAAGAAGGGGAAGAAGGGGGGUAAGCUGGUGAAACAAAUCAAAUCGGAAGCCGAGGUCAUCGAAGAGAAGAACCAGAGAUUGUUCCUGGCGGUGCUCACUGGGCUCAACCGGGCGUUCCCGUUCUCGAACUUGCCUCAAGAUGUCUACACUAAACAUCUCGAUAUCCUCUUUAAAGUGACCCACUCCAGUAACUUCAACACUUCGGUACAAGCGUUGCUGUUGAUUCAUCACGUGGUCACCCGUCAAGACCUCGAUGCUGACCGGUACUACAAGACGUUGUACGAGCUGUUAUUGGACCCGCGGGUCGCCACCACCUCCAAACAAGGGAUCUACCUCAACUUAUUAUACAAGCUGUUGAAGAACGAUAAGGUUGUUGGUCGUCAAUUAGCGUUUGUCAAGCGGAUGCUCCAAGUAUGUGUCCACUGGCUCAACGUCGGCCUGGUGGCGGGGAUGAUCUUUGUGGUGAUGGAGCUUGCUAAGCAACAACCGGCGAUUGGCGACAUGCUUGUCGAUAAGCUGCUGAGACCCGAAGACACCAUUAAGUUGGCUGAAGAUGACGAGGGCCAGGAGUACGACCCGAGAAAGCGUGACCCUAAAUUUGCCCACGCCGCCUCCAGUCUGCUCUGGGAGAUCGAAGCGUUCUUAAAGCACUACCACCCCACCGUCGGCGUCUACGCCGAGUCGUUGAUCAAGGGCACCAAGCAGCCGAAGCCCGACCUUGGGUUGUUCACUUUAGCCCACUUUUUGGACCGGUUUGUCUACAAGAACGCCAAGGAAAAGACGGGGCCCAAGGGGAUGUCGAUCAUGCAACCUUUGGGCGGGGGCUUCAACACCAAGUCCACCGACCAGGCUCCCGCCAACACUGUGGACUGGUUGGCUAAGCGGGCCGACCAGGUGCGUCCCGACGAACAGUUCUACCACCAAUACUUCACCACUAAGCAGCUGAAACUUAAGGGGGCGGCGCUGAAGAAGAAGAAGAAGUCUGGCGACGACGACGACGAAGAAGAGGACAACGAAGCCGAAGUAUGGGACGCGUUGGUGAGACUGCGCCCUGAGGUGGAAAUGGACGGCGACGACGACGACAUGUUCGACGACGAAGACCUCGACUUUGGCGAUAUGCUGAGCGACGACGACGACGCCGACGUCGACGCCACCGCCACCGCUAACGAUCUUGGCGCCGUCGUUGACGAUGACGAAGACGCCGAUGAAGACGACGAACAGUUCUACCUGGCGAUGAUGGACCAGGACUCCGAGGAAGAAGUUCUGGACGCCGAGAUCGACCACCCCGCCGCUGACGACGACGAUGAAGAAGACGAGAAGCCACGCAAGCGGAUCAAGCUUCUGCUGUUGCCGACGUUUGCUCUGGCUGAGGACUACUCGCAAUAUUUAGAGUAA